AUGGAUUCUCUAAUAAAGAAACAAAAAAUGAACCUUAGCUCCAUCAACCCCUUCUAUAAGUUGCCCCAUGAAACCAUCGUGGAAAUCCCCUCUAGACUCCCCGUCAGAUCUGUAAUUCAAUUUACCUUUACCUGCAAAACCCUAUACCCCAUUUCCGCUGAUCCUCUUCUUGUCAAACUACACCUCUCUAGAUCUGAAAGUUCCUACCUAAUCCUUCAUUCUAAGAACCCCAUUAAAACCCACAUUUAUUUUCUUCACCUUUCAGACCAGAAAGUGUACAAACUUGAAACCCCAUUUGCCUCUUCCAUGCCAGAAUUAAGCAUCAUCGGUUCAUCCAAUGGUCUAGUUUAUCUAAUCGAUUCUCUAUUCCCAGAGCAUACUUAUAUCUACAAUCUCUUCACAAGGGAGUACUUUGAGAUUCCCAUUAAACGUGAGAAUUGUGGCCAAAUUUUUAUCCAUGGAUUUGGAUUUGAUCAUGUUGGUUGCGACUAUAAAGUUGUGAAGAUUUCAUAUUGCUGGGACAAGUAUAGUCAUCAUCUUAAGGAUGAGUAUAGAGAGCUUAUACGACCUUUACCAUUGGUAAUCAAGGUGUAUAGUCUACAUAGAAACAGUUGGACAGAUAACGGGAUUGUUCCCUACACAUUAGAGACAUGGUCAUCUCCAGGAGUUUUAGUGAACAAUAGGCUUCAUUGGGUGACCUAUGGAUGGAUUAUCAGUCAUUUGGCAAUAUUGGACAAACGCCUUUGUGCUUCAGUGCCAAUGAUAGACCGUGAUGCAUUUGAUGUAUGGGUUAUGAGAGAGUAUGGGGUGGAUGAGUCAUGGGUGAAUGAGUACUCCAUAUGUAUUAACUUUCCGUGGUCACUGGUUAGGCAUAUUGAGACAACACACCAUAUUUGGCGGAAAAGGUUUGGAAAGAAAAUGGUGAAGGUGUUGGGCAUCUUGGAGAGUGGAUAA